UUGGUGCGCGGCACGGCGGUGCGUCGCGUGGCGUCGGAUGCUCGGCGGCGGCAGUGUGCUGGCAGCCCCCGGGAGCGCGGCAUGGGAGCCCCGCUGCUGCUGGCGCUGCUGGCGGCGGCGCGGGCCGGUGAGCCCAACGCCACCAAUUUUACCACCUUACAACCCGAAGACGAAAAGACUCCCCUCUUCCCUCCGGACUUGUUCACGGAAGAACAACGCCGCUCCGGCGCCGUCUUUCUCCACGUGCUCGGCAUGGGAUACAUGUUCGUAGCGCUCGCAAUCGUCUGCGACGAAUUCUUCGUGCCCGCUCUCGAUGUCAUCAUCGAGCGGCUCGCGAUAAGAGACGACGUCGCCGGAGCCACGUUCAUGGCCGCCGGCGGCUCCGCGCCCGAACUCUUCACCUCCAUCAUCGGCGUGUUCGUUUCGUUCGACGACGUCGGCAUUGGGACGAUUGUCGGCUCCGCAGUUUUCAACAUUUUGUUUGUAAUCGGUGCUUGCGCGUUGUUCUCCCGUACAACUCUGUCUCUAACCUGGUGGCCACUAUUCCGUGACUGUACCUUCUAUUCGAUCAGCCUGUUAGUGUUGAUAUAUUGUUUUCGGGACAGCAUGAUAUACUGGCAAGAGGCCUUGGUUUUGUUUUCCUUGUACGGCGCAUACGUAUUGUUCAUGAGGUGGAACCAACCAGUGGAGAGGGCUCUGAAGAAGCUGAUCUACAAGAACAAGGUGACGAGAGUUAGAAGUACAGAUCAGCUGAUGCCUACGUACCUUUAUUAUAAUCAAUCCCAAAUCUACCUCAAUCAGGAGUAUGAACUUUAG